AUGUCCAUCUCCAACAUUACAGUCUUCAUGCCUUCUCUGUUGACACUAAUAGGAAUCCCAGGUCUAGAGUCUGUGCAGUACUGGAUCGGGAUUCCAUUCUGUGCCAUGUAUCUCUUUGCUUUGAUUGGAAAUUCCUUGCUUCUCAUCAUCAUCAUUUCAGAGCGUAGUCUCCAUGAGCCCAUGUACAUUUUCCUAAGCAUGCUAGGAGUCACAGAUAUUGUACUUGGCACAAGCAUUGUGCCCAAGAUGCUUGGCAUAUUCUGGUUUCAUGUACCAGAGAUUUAUUUUGAUUCUUGCUUGCUUCAAAUGGGGUUCAUCCACACGUUUGAGUGCAUAGAGUCAGGCAUCCUCCUGGCCAUGGCUCUGGACCAUUAUGUGGCCAUCUGUUAUCCACUAAGAUAUACUGCCAUUUUCACUCACCAGCUGGUCACCCAAAUAGGGGCUGUGGUAAUGCUCAGGGCUGCCAUUCUGGUAGCCCCAUGCCUAGUACUGAUAAAGUUCCAGUUUCAAUUUUACCAUACAACCAUCAUCUCCCACUCCUACUGUGAGCAUAUGGCCAUCGUGAAACUGGUUGCAGAAAAUGUGCGGGUCAACAAAAUCUAUGGUUUGUUUGUGGCAUUUGCUGUUGCAGGGUUCGACCUCAUCUUCAUCACUUUGUCCUAUAUACAGAUAUUUUUUUUUCUUAUGUUAAUCCCCAUACAUUACAUCAUUAGUUUUAGAUGA